GACGUGGAAGUUGCUGGCGGAGCGGCCGGGCGUCCCGGGGAACCGCGCCCGAGCCCGAGCCCACGGGGAGCGGAGGCGGCGGCGCCGGGGCGCAACACACGGGGCCGGCGUGAGCGUCGACGGGGACCGCCGUCAUGGGGGGCUUUUUCUCCAGUAUUUUUUCUAGUCUGUUUGGAACCCGGGAAAUGAGGAUCUUAAUUUUGGGAUUAGACGGAGCAGGAAAAACUACAAUUUUGUACAGAUUGCAGGUUGGAGAAGUCGUUACUACAAUUCCGACCAUUGGAUUCAAUGUUGAGACGGUAACAUAUAAAAAUCUUAAAUUCCAAGUAUGGGAUUUAGGAGGACAGACAAGUAUCAGGCCUUACUGGAGAUGUUACUAUUCUAACACAGAUGCUGUCAUAUAUGUAGUAGACAGUUGUGACCGAGACCGAAUUGGCAUUUCCAAGUCAGAGUUGGUUGCCAUGUUGGAGGAAGAAGAGCUAAGGAAAGCUAUUUUAGUGGUGUUUGCAAAUAAGCAGGACAUGGAACAGGCCAUGACUCCCUCAGAGAUGGCAAAUUCGCUUGGGUUACCUGCUUUGAAGGACCGAAAAUGGCAAAUAUUCAAAACUUCCGCAACCAAAGGCACUGGUCUUGAUGAGGCCAUGGAAUGGUUAGUGGAAACACUGAAGAGUAGACAGUAAAUUCAAUCACGUCUCUGCAAUGAAGACAGCAUUAGCACAACCCCUGCGGCAACAACAGUCACAUGUACUUCACACUACUAACUGGACAGGCUGUAUGACUGUCGGCCUCCACCGAACUGACUGCCACGUUUGUAAUACAUAGAAGAAUAAGUAGCGGGGAGGCAACUUACCUUGAUUGAACAAACUGAAUGUCUGUUCUGUGUAACAUAAAAUAUUCCUUCCUUGCUUUCUUGUGUUAAGGCAUAUAUUCUAUUUGUAUGAAAUUCUUAUUCAAAUACAGUCCUAUUAAAGAAUACACUCGAAUUAAGGAUAAAACUUUCUUGUUUUUGAAUAAGUGGUUGUAGUUUGUAUAAACACUAAUAAAUAUUUUAGCUCUGA